GCACUUCCGGAAUCUCUCGGCACGUGAGCUUGGUUGUCCUACCAAAGCCAGCCUCUCGGCUCGCUUGCGCCGGCCUAGUUUGCUCGCGUCCUCACGCGCUUUGGGUUUCCCGGUCUCAUGGCCAGCCUGACCUUAUUUGUGGGCCGCCUCCCGCCUUCGGCCCGCAGUGAGCAGCUGGAGGAACUGUUCAGUCAGGUGGGGCCGGUGAAGCAGUGCUUCGUGGUGACUGAAAAAGGGAGUAAGGCAUGUCGAGGCUUUGGCUAUGUCACUUUUUCUAUGCUGGAAGAUGUUCAGAGGGCCCUCAAGGAGAUUACCACCUUUGAAGGUUGCAAGAUCAACGUGACUGUUGCUAAGAAAAAACUGAGGAACAAGACAAAGGAAAAGGGGAAAAAUGAAAACUCAGAGUGCCCAAAGAAGGAGCCGAAGGCUAAAAAAGCCAAAGUGGCAGAUAAGAAAGCCAGAUUAAUUAUUCGGAACCUGAGCUUUAAGUGUUCAGAAGAAGACUUGAAGACAGUAUUUGCUCAAUUUGGAGCUAUCCUGGAAGUAAAUAUCCCUAGGAAACCAGAUGGGAAGAUGCGUGGUUUUGCUUUUGUUCAGUUCAAAAACCUCCUAGAAGCAGGUAAAGCUCUCAGAGGCAUGAACAUGAAAGAGAUAAAAGGGCGGACGGUGGCUGUGGAUUGGGCUGUGGCAAAGGAUAAAUAUAAAGAUACACAGUCUGUUUCUGCUCUAGGUGAGGAAAAGAGCCAUGAAUCUAAACAUCAGGAAUCAGUUAAAAAGAAGGGCAGGGAGGAAGAGGAUGUGGAAGAGGAAGAAAACGAUGAUGAUGAUGAAGAAGAAGAAGAAGAAGAAGAUGAGGUUGAUGAUGAUGAAGAUGAAGAUGAAGAGGAGGAGAUUAUAGAAUCAAAGGUGACCAAGCCUGUGCAGAUUCAGAAGAGAGCAUUCAAGAGAGCAGCCCCUGCAAAAAGCAGUGAAGAUCAUUCUGAGGAGGACAGUGACCUGGAGGAAAGCGAUAGUAUUGGUGAUGGAGAGGAACUGGCUCAGAGUGAUACCAGCACUGAGGAGCAAGAGGAUAAAGCUGUGCAAGUCUCAAACAAAAAGAAGAGGAAAUUACCCUCUGAUGUGAAUGAAGGGAAAACUGUUUUUAUCAGAAAUCUGUCCUUUGACUCAGAAGAAGAAGAACUUGGGGAGCUUCUCCAACAGUUUGGAGAACUCAAAUAUGUCCGCAUUGUCUUGCAUCCAGACACAGAGCAUUCUAAAGGUUGUGCAUUUGCCCAGUUCAUGACACAGGAAGCAGCUCAGAAAUGCCUUCUAGCUGCUUCUCCAGAGAAUGAGGCUGGUGGGCUUAAACUGGAUGGCCGGCAGCUCAAGGUUGACUUGGCAGUGACCCGUGAUGAGGCUGCAAAGCUUCAGACAAAGAAGGUGAAGAAGCCGACUGGCACCCGGAAUCUCUAUCUGGCCCGAGAAGGCUUGAUUCGUGCUGGGACGAAGGCUGCAGAGGGUGUGAGUGCUGCUGAUAUGGCCAAAAGAGAACGGUUUGAGCUGCUGAAGCAUCAGAAACUCAAGGACCAGAAUAUCUUUGUCUCCCAAACCAGGCUCUGCCUGCACAAUCUCCCAAAGGCUGUAGAUGACAAACAGCUCAGAAAGCUGCUGCUGAGUGCUACUAGUGGAGAGAAAGGGGUGCGCAUCAAGGAGUGUAGAGUGAUGCGAGACCUCAAAGGAGUUCAUGGGAACAUGAAGGGUCAGUCCCUGGGCUACGCCUUUGCAGAGUUCCAAGAGCACGAGCAUGCCUUGAAAGCCCUCCGCCUGAUCAACAACAAUCCAGAAAUCUUUGGGCCUCUGAAGAGACCAAUAGUGGAGUUCUCUUUAGAAGAUCGAAGAAAACUUAAAAUGAAGGAAUUAAGGAUCCAGCGCAGCUUGCAAAAAGUGAGAUCCAAGCCUGCAACUGGUGAGCCUCAGAAGGGGAAACCAGAGCCUGCAAAAGACCAGCAACAGAAGGCAGCUCAACACCACACAGAGGAACAAAGCAAGGCGCCCCCAGAGCAGAAGGGGAAGGCGAGCUCUACCUCAUGGACCGGUUUCCAGACCAAGGCUGAAGUGGAGCAGGUGGAGCUGCCUGAUGGAAAGAAGAGAAGAAAGGUCCUGGCGCUCCCCUCACACCGAGGCCCCAAAAUCAGGUUGCGGGACAAAGGCAAAGUGAAGCCCAUCCAUCCCAAAAAGCCAAAGCCCCAGAUAAGCCAGUGGAAGCAGGAGAAACAGCAAUUAUCUUCCGAGCAGGUAUCUAGGAAAAAAGCUAAGGGAAAUAAGACGGAAACCCGCUUCAACCAGCUGGUCGAACAAUAUAAGCAGAAAUUAUUGGGACCUUCUAAAGGAGAACCUCUUGCAAAGAGGAGCAAAUGGUUUGAUAAUUGAUGAUGCCAGCGGGCUGGGUAAGAAGCUGGGUUGUGUGCUUUCUGGUGACACUCCUGGGCUCCUCCCCAUCCCCUAUGUCUCUCACCGAGGGAAAGAAAAUCCCCGAGGGCACUGCCACUGUGCUGGGAGGCACCCUGGACUGUGUACAUCUGAACUUUGGUCCAUCCUUUGAUGAGUGGUUCGUUAGCCACAAAGAGAAAUAUCUGAAAGACAUCAUGAUGCUUCUUGCAUAUUAUCCAGAUUAUUGUAUGAAGUUGUGUCUAUAAUUAUUACCAAUUUUUGUUCUUUAUUUCUCAAAUGGAAACAAUUGAAAAAGCAUUCUGGAGUGCUGAAUUUUUAAGAUGUAUAUUUUGUUAAGCAUAUUCUCUAAAUGAGAUAUUGUGUGGCUCUUUAGUAACAAUGUCAUUUCUAAUAUGUGUGACUCCUUUAUUAUGUAUGAACAUCCUUUGACAGUCCUAAUUCAGCUCUGUAGUCUUACACGCUGCAGGAACUAAGUGACAGCAGAGAGAAAUGCUUUCUAACCUAAUCACUGCAGGCGGAGACACUUGGAAAAGAAUGGGGGGAGGUGGGGCCUGGCAGAGAGCAGCACUUAUGUGUUUGUCAAAUGAGGGGAUUUCCAGUUGAAUCGGUCUGCAGUGGCCUAAAGACACUAGCCUGGUUAGUGAUGACCUGCAUUUCUCUCAUAGAGCACCUCCUUUUUCAUCGUACCCUCUAGCUCUCUAAGUCCUCCUUAAUGAGGACACCUGAUCCUCAUUAAGUCUGCCCCUUAAGAUGGCUUCACACCUACUAAAAAACUCCAGGGGUUUGACAUCUCACUUUGAUUGAAAUCUUGUCGUCCUAUAACAUUUGAUUCCCUGGGCUCUCCAGCCCUAUCACCUCUGCUUGUCUUUAUCCACUCUCUUCUUCAUUCACUUUUGGCUACACAGGCCUUCCUUCCAUCUCUUGACUCUUGACCACCUCAGAGUCUUUGUAUCCAUUCCCUUUGCCUGGAGAGUUUUUCCCUUGCUUCUUUUACUUGUGACUCAGAUCUUCACUAUUUGUCGCCUCCUCCUGGAGCUCUUCCCAGACUAUCUAAAGUAGGGCUUUUCUUCCCAUCCCCUCUAUCUUGCCCCCUUACUGAAUUCUGCUUCCCUGUUUCUUCUUCGUCUUUUUUUUUGAGUCAAUCUUGCUCUGUCACCCAGGCUGGAAUGCAGUGGCACUGUCUCAGCUCAUUGCAACCUCCACCUCCUGGGUUCAAGCGAUUCUUCCGCCUCACCUUCCCAAGUAGCUGGGACUAUAGGCGCAUGCCAUCAUUCUUGGCGAAAUUUUCUAUUUUUAGUAGAGAUGGGGUUUCACCUUGUUGACUAGGCUGGUCUUGAACUCCUGACCUCAGGCGAUCUGCCCACCUCGGCCUCCCAAAGUCCUGGUAUUACAGGCGUGAGCCAUCACGUGUGGUGGCCUGCUUCCCUGUUUCUUUCUAGCACUAAUCUCUAUCUGAAAUCAUUUGUUUCUUUCUAGCACUAAUCUCUAUCUGAAAUCAUUUGUUUCUUUCUAGCACUAAUCUCUAUCUGAAAUCAUUUGUCUCUCCAGUUAGAAUGUAUGCUUUGUGAGAGGGACUUUAUCCCUCUUGUUCACUCCUGUAGACACAGUGCCUAGUACUGACCCAGGCACAUAGUAAAUAUUGAAUAAAUAUUUGUUGAAUGAAAAAAAUAAGGUAGGAAAGGAAGAAACAGUACUUGGUAGGCAAGAGAAAAAGUUGGGAGUGUAACCCAAAAUUCUUGAUUCCUUAGUCUAGUUGAGUGUUACAGAUAAUGCUUUGACAGAACCGUUGCUGAGCUGGAGACAUGGUUCUUUCUUUUUUUCUUUUCCUUUUUUUUUUUUGAGACAGAGUGUCCCUCUGUUGCCCAGGCUGGAGUGCAAUGGCAUGAUCUCGGCUCAUUGCGACCUCUGCCUCCUGGGUUCAAGCGAUUCUCCUGCCUCAGCCUCCCAAGUAGCUGGGAUUACAGGUGCUGCCACCACGCCCAGCUAAUUUUUGUAUUUUUAGUAGAGAUGGAGUUUCACCAUGUUGGCCAGGCUGGUCUCAAACUCCUAACCUUGUGAUCUGCCCACCUUGGCCUCCCAAAGUGCUAGGAUUACAGGCGUGAGCCACCGCACCUGGUAGAGACAUGGUUAUUUCAUUGCAAUAUCUUGGGGAACCCAUGAAUAUUCUGAAGUGCUUUUGAUUGGUUUAGAAAUGGAUGAAGGAGAGGCCAUGGAAAUAUUUAAACCUUUUGGAGAGAUCGAAAGGACAGGUGAUUUAUCUCCAAGUUCACCUCGAGACAUGACUUGGGCUGUCAAACAUUCUUACAACAGCCUGGCAACAUGUCUUUCCCAGCCUGGUCUGUACAGCACGGAGGAAGUAAGGGACUUUAUUAAGGGUGUCAGAAUAGUUAUAACCUGCCAGUCAGUUGAUCCGUUUUUCCUUGGCCAGCUCUCCAUCUGCUCACCACCCUUUUUUUCCUAGUACAAAAAUAUCUUUAACAUUCAAAAAUAUAUCUUAACUCUUAGGAUAGAUCAAAAUUGAUGUUCAUUCAGAUAACAUUGCCAGAUUCUCUUAGAUCCAAAUAUUUCUUGUAACAACUUGAGUAACUCAGUAUGUUAAAACCUCAUUCACUUGCUUGGAGAGCUGUUGCACAGUUCUUUAAAGAGUUCUUUAAAUGAGGUUGAAUCUUCCCUUUCUUAAUAGUCAAAUUCCACAUAUGGUGUCUUCCUUUGGAACACCUUACCGUGGGUUAUUUGGUCAGCUCCAUUGACCCCUUGCCUUGGGAAUUUUAGUGCAGUGAGAGUGGUACUCACUUCACCUUCACUUCAGGGCCUGAUGUGUCAGGAAAUGGAGUUUUUUGAAUUAACAUGAAAGCUGAGUUACAGGCUGCUUGGUUAAAAAACAACAGGUGGGCACAGAGUCUCACACCUGUGAUUGCAGUACUUUGGGAGGUGGGAGGACUGCUUGAGGUCAGGAGUCCGAGACCAACCUGGUGAACACAGUGAGACCCCCAUCUCUAUUAUUUUGAAAAACAACAGCAAAUUUUUUGUUAACAUCCAAGACAAGGCCACCAGUCAAAACUAUCAAGUUUUAGUAAUACUUUCCUGCUUGAUUAUAUAAUAGCCUGGCUUAGAGAUACAACCUUUAAAUAAGGAAUCUUAAGAUAAUGUACAGCUGUUCUUUGCCUCAUUUGUUUAUUGGUUGGUUAGUUUGUAGUUUCUAAGACUCUGCUCUGUUCAGCUGUAUAAUUCCUCCCUCUGGAGUUAACCUGUGGCAAGGAUUAUGUUUCACCUGUCACAAAAAUGAGAUCUGUGCCUUCCUCUAUUAUAAAGUUAGGGCAUGUGAUUCAUUCUUCGAAAUACUUUGAAAUGUACUUUGGCAUGUUUUUGUCUUGAAAAGAGGUUUUCCAACUAGAAAUUCGGAGCCCAGAAGGUCAAGGCUCCAGAGAUCCCCUUCUCAUCAUCCUUCAGUUGUCUGAGGAGACAGUGAGUGUCACAGUGAGUGCUGAUUCCCCAGAAUCUGCAAUCUUAAGCUCUCCCGCUGACUCACACAGCCAGUUCUCUGCUUCAUAUUUGUGUGACCCACUGUGAAGUGACAGGCAGCUACCAAUUCUGUCAUAUAAGAAGCAGCUCUGCCCAUGCAGCUUUGAAAGUUCCUGCACUUCUCCAUAGACUGCUCCUUCAUGGAAAUAACCACAUCUCACACUUUGGGUGCCUAAGCUAAGUUUGUUUGCAGUUUGUCUCUGGUGAUGCCUAACUCCUUUUCAACUCAGCCUUAAUUGGCAUUUUAAGGGCUAGGAUGAGGUUUCUCUCAGGCCAAGUCGAGAUUUCCAGAUUUCCUUUUGUCUAAGGCUGACCAGUUUAGAAGUUAUUUACAUCCUUGUUUUGGUUCUUUCGUUCUUGUCCUGGUACAUCUUCCUUUCUAGGAUUAUUUGCAGAGUUUGUGAUGUCUUACUCAGUGACCAGAUAUGGGGUGGGCUACUGGUAUAGUCUGAUUACUUUGGCAUCUGAUUCUGGACUGGUCAUUGGCUGUACAUGAGUUUUUGUGCUGAUAAAGGAAUAUACUGGGAAGAUUGGAAGGCACAGACUGGGAACCACUUCUGAGAAGAGAACUGCUGAGUCACUGAAAGACCUUUUGGACCACCCCCAAAUGGAGCAUCUUGAUAGAUGGCAAAUCCAGUGUUUCUUAAACUUGUGCACGCUGCUCAGAGCCCACUGCCUUUUAUCAGAUGUGAGACUUCACUGCCACAGUGUCAUCCCACAGUCUCCUUUCCUGGACAUUUGAUAAAGGGAAAAUCGUUUCUUGUCCUUGAAGGCAGAGACUUUUUUUUUUCACUUCUCCACAUACCCCACAACACCCAACAUUGAUUUACUCGUAGUAGGAGUUUCAUACUGCUGAACUCGCUGAAGGCCAUUUGUUCCAGGGCCUAGCUGGGCUUGUGAAGGACAACAGAGUCAUUUCCUAAGGACCCCAGAAGACAGGAUGAAGGAAAAAAUAAUAAUAAACUGCUGUUCACAGUGUCUUGAGUAUACCAUCUAUGUACUUUCUGCUAUGCCUUGUCCAUUCCAAUCUGGACAGUCUCUCUGCCCCUCCUUUCCACUCAAGUGCCAUCCAGCACUCAAGUUCUGGCUCAAGGCCUGACAUCUCCCUGGGGACCUCAGUGAUCCCACAGCUUGUGACCCCUUCCUCUAAGUCCCUGGCACACUUACUGAUUGGUGUCCUCUGGUUUGACAAAGCAUAUGCCAUUGUGGCUUACUUGUCAUUUCUUUAGGUCUUGUCUUCCCAGGUAGAUCAUGAGCCCCUUAUAAGAACUAGCUCUCAUAGUCCCAGUCCCCAGGCCUGGUACAUGACUGUGCUUAGUGAUUGGUGAUUGAGAAUAAUGGUGGCAAAGGAAGUACCAGACAGUCAUCUCCUGAAGAGAUGCUGAACAACCUGUCCUUGUUUUAUGUAUUUUCUCUUUCUUGCCCAGUUUUACGCCUCAUAGUAACUGCUCAAAAAAUGUCAGUUCCUGUCACUCUUCCACCCCUUUUCUUCCUCUUCCCUGCACUGUGGUCUGGGCCUUGGUCCACUAGCAACUCCCCUCAGAUGUUGCUUAAUCUGCCCCAUGGCCAAAGCCAAUCCCAUUCCUGUCCUCCUGCUACCAAAGGGACUGCCAGUCUGUAUGCACAGGAAGGGAUUGUGAAGUCUGGAUGUGCAAGAAACCCAGCUGUGAGAAACAGGUUCCCUGGACUUGGCAUGGUGGCUCAUCCUUGUAAUCCUGGCACUUUGAGAGGUCAAAGUGGAAGAAUCACUUGAGCCCAGGAGUUCAGGACUAGUCUAGGCAACAUAGCAAGAUCCCAUCUCUACAAAAAAAAAAAAGAAAAAAUUCAGAUUCUCAAAUGUCCCUUCAUCUCCUUACUCUCGACUUGUCUCCCCAGUUCUCCUCCCCCUUUUUCUCUCCCCUGGAUCUGACACUCAAUUGUCUGCACACACUUUUCAACUAGACUCCAAUGCCAUCCUUCUGAUGAAGUUUUUGCUUUGGAUACUACUGCAGAAAAAAUGCUAUCUUGUAUUCUGGUCCAUGGUGGGGAAGACCCUGUCAUAGAACCUGGCACCUCAAAUGGAGGGAGGGGCCAGAAUAUUGUUCUUACGCUAUUUACAGUGAGACGACAGGAUUGAUGCACAACUUCCUUUCUUUCUUUUUUUUUUUUUUUUUUUUUUUGAGACAGAGUUUCAUUCUGUUUCCCAGGGCUGGAGUGCAGUGGCACCAUCUCAGCUCACUGCAACCUCUACCCAGCAGGUUCAAGCUAUUCUCCUUCCUCAGCCUCCGGAGUAGCUGGGAUUACAGGUGUGCACCACCACGCCCAGCUAAUUUUUGUAUUUUUAGUAGAGACGGGAUUUCAACAGUGUUGGCCAGGCUGGUCUCGAACUCCUGACUUCAGGUGAUCCACCCACCCCGGCCUCCCAAAGUGCUGGGAUUACAGGUGUGAGCCCCCACACCCGGCCAUGAUGCACAACUUUCUAAUAACAUACUUUUGAAAGUGCCCUGACAUAUAUCCCUCCUCCAGUACUACAGUGGCCAUCAGUUGCCAGAGAACAUGAAGUUGUCCAGCCCUCAGCUCUGCAGCAGGAUUCUGUGGAGCAAAGCAGGCCUGCUCUACUUCAGAAAGGUAAUGCCACAAAGUGAAGAACACCUCUCAGAGGCAGAGCCCCUCAGCCCCAUCCAGGCCAGCAGUGUCCACUUGAAAUCUGAAAGUAGCCUCCCUCACCAAACCAGCAAGAUGGAGAACCUCCCCGGGUUGGCAAGUGGCCCUGGGAAGCACAUGCCCCAUCUCCGUCAGGAUAGCAGUGGAGAGGUAUCAUGCCGGUGCCGGCUCCACCCACCCAGAUGGUACUCAAGACUCCAAGCCUGUCAAUGGGAUGUAAACUUUCUGGCAUUUUCUGUCAGAAGGGUGAGUUAGCACUGAACCAUCUCAUGUGUCUUUCCACUGACUAACAGCCCGUAUCCAUUCCGUGAAAUGAGUGACUGCUUUGCUGAAUCAUAUCGUAACAAACAUUUAUUUGUAGUCUGAUUGUGUCAUAUCAUGGUUGAAUUGCAAACAGGUUGGAUACAAGAGUCAGCAAAAAUCAACGAAAGCAUUCUGUAAAAAGCUUUUCUAGAAUUACAAUAAAUGGCAUUGUAUAUUUUAUUAUUUAUAAA